CGGGCGGGGCGAGGGGAACAUAAAAAGGAAGGGUGAGCGUUGGGUUCCCCCUCCACAGCGAGCUGCUAUCUUCAAACAUUCCAAAAGGCCAAACGUUUAGAGCAAUCGUGCAGAAAUGGACGUUCAUCAGUUUACCUACCUUUUUGUCCUUGGUCUGAUUUUGGCCUUUUUGGAUGCCUUUGGCAUUGGUGCUAACGAUGUUGCCAACUCGUUUGCUACCUCUGUCGGUUCCCGGUCCAUUAGUUUGAAGCAGGCAUGCAUCAUCGCCAUCUUCACCGAGUUUGGAGGUGCUGUUCUCAUGGGUGCCUCCACCACCGACACCAUCAAGAACGGUAUCAUUGACCUAAAGAACUUUAAGGGCAACCCAGAAUUGCUCAUGCUCGGUUUCGUUUGCGCUUUGGCCGGAUCUGCUACCUGGGUCUUGCUUGCGUCCCGAAUGGGAUGGCCCGUGUCAACAACUCACUCUAUUGUCGGUGCCAUUUGCGGUGUCGGUAUCGCUGGUUUUGGUGGAGACGCUGUUCUUUGGGGUUGGGACGGUAUGGGCAAGAUUAUCGCCUCGUGGUUCAUUUCCCCUGUCGUGGCCGGGGUUGUGGCUUCCAUCAUCUUCCUGAUCACAAAGUAUGGUGUCAUGCGAAGCCCCAACUCGCUGAACCGCGGUCUGAACGCCAUCCCCAUCUACUUUGGUAUCACCAUUACAAUUUCCGCGCUCUACGUCGUCCUCAAGGGUGGAAAGGCUGUCAAGAUCAACUCUGACAAUGUUGGCGUGGUCCUUGGUGCUACCUUUGGUGCUGGUGCCGUUGUCGCCUUGUUUUGCUUCUUCUUUAUCCGCGUCUGGCUUAAACGCAAGCUUGUCAACGAGGAGAAGCUCGCUUGGUACCAAGUCUUUUACAUUCCUUUUGUUGGCCCUCAGCCUCGCGACGAGCACAUUGCCGACCGCCUCACCAGGACCUUUGGUGACCACUCUGUCCCUGCCAAGAGCGACGUGGAAAAUGGUCAAGUUGGCGUUGCAAAGGGAGAGGAGGUUGCGAUUGUCGAACACGACCCUACUGUCACCGCUCACCCGUCUCUUGUAAACCUCGACAAGGAGACCUCCGCCACCGGAAAGGCCUGGAACAAAAUCAAGGGUGCUCUUACCAAGGGUGUUAACAUGGACGUUGCCUCUGUGCAAUCCAGCCACGUCAAGGAGGUGCACUCCCACGCUGUAAAGUACGACUCAAAGACAGAGUACCUCUACUCCUUCCUUCAAGUCAUUACCGCAUCCUUUGCCUCCUUCGCCCACGGUUCCAACGAUGUUGCCAACGCUGUCGGUCCUCUUGCUGCCAUUUACCACAUCUGGAGCACCGCUCAGCUUCCCGGAAAGAAGUCUGACGUGCCCAUUUGGAUUCUCGCCUAUGGUGGUGUCGCCAUUGAUAUUGGUUUGACCUUGUACGGUUACAAUGUCAUGAAGAACUUGGGUAACAACAUCACCUACCACUCUCCCUCCCGCGGUUUCUCCAUGGAACUUGGUGCCGCCUUGACCGUCAUCACUGCCAGUUUCAUUGGUCUCCCCGUCUCCACAACUCACUGCAUUACUGGAGCCACCGCCAUGGUUGGUCUCUGCUCUGGAUCAUGGCGGGCAUUGAACUGGAAGGUCCUUGCCUGGUGCCUUUUCUCUUGGAUCUUGACCGUUCCCGUAGCCGGGCUCAUUGGUGGAUUGUUGUUCGCCAUCAUUGCCAACGCACCCAAAUUUUUGUAAGAUAGAAGAAAUUCGAAUUUUGGGGGACAGAUGGAAAGGGCGCAGGACACCUUUAGCAAGUCUUGGCAUUGAGCAUUUUUUCACUUAGACCUUUUUUCUUUUUGUAACAUAUGAUGAUCUAAU